ACGUCGCACUGCUUUUUGUCGGCCGAUCGCAGUGAACAUAGCGUUGGCGAACGAACAGGACCGGUGAUUUUAUUGUCUUUAACCUAGCGCACCUCGUUACAGCAUUUCCAUGUUAGUCACUUGCCACCGACUCAUCACCCGACUGUAUCCAUCGUCCUUGAGGUUAGCGAAAAUGAGUCAAGUCGGUGAACUGGGAAGCGGUGCCGGAAAGGGAGGUGGCGGCGGUGGCUCCAUCCGGGAAGCGGGCGGAUCGUUCGGCAAGAUGGAAGCGGCACACGAGGAGGAAUACUUUUACAAACAGCAGCGGGAGCAGCUUCAACAGCUCAAAACGAAAGGCGACACCUCAGCGGCCAGCUCCUCCGCCGGUGGCGGUGGUGAUGCGGUGAAGCAGUAAAACCCGCCUUCGGUUGCCAUAGGAACGAGAGAGAGAGAGUGGACGGACCUUUGACUUACCUUUGUUGACCUUACCGAAACUGGCGAUUCCCGUCCUGUGCAGCAUGUGUCCGUAAACCGAUAGCUCAUCGAUCGACGCGUUGAGGCUUGGCGCACCGAGCGAAGGACGUCCCGGAUGGAAUGGAAAGUCAUCGAACACGUUCCGCCAGUCGCCGUACGCGGCAAAGUUAUCCUCGUGGUUUAGUGCGUACCGAUCGAACACGAGAUCCUUCUUAAUACUACUGUA